UGUCCUCUGCCCAACACUGGGUAAAAGUGUUACCCUCGAAAAAUGAAGGUCAUCUCAUUCAAACCAAACAUCCGUGGCCACAGUGAAACCACGUAUGGGCAAGUCUUACAGGGCUCGGCGUCCAUUAUCAUUUAUGGCCUGUGGAACUUACUCCAGUCUUGACGGCUCCUCGAGAGCUGCCGUCAUGUGGCAGCAGCCUUGACCCACAUUCCCUUCCUCUCGACAGAAGUCUAGUCAAUUACGGUCGUUCUGAUGUUUGUUUCGCAUGUCCUCUGUCAAGAUGAGCGGUUAUGAAUCUGGGAAACAUGUUUUUCAACGCUCCCGCAGCAGCGCGUUUCUUUUUAUAGGAGGUUCGCCUGCCUUGGUUUCGACGUGUGCUCGCGCGGGUCGUCUCUCCCGCGUGCGCCUGCGCGAGCGGUGUUUGCUCUCCGUUUAACCUCGGAACAGUGAACCGACUCUCUCCACCAGCAAGACGGCUUCGAAUCUGUCUAUCUCACUCCUCACCCCUGCUCCCCCGCUUCCUCCUCCUCCUACUCCACCUCCUCCCUCAUCUUCCUACCUGAUUCAGAGUCGCUCCGACGCUAUGCGUAUGACCGAGUCUCUCUCUGCGAGGCGAGAACCACCGGAGAGACCCGCUCGCCGCCGCUGAGGAACGGCCGCCCGCGAGCACCCACAGCCGGCUGACGAACAACCCAGGCCGGCUACGAGGAAGCGGGCGAACGCCGUCGCUAGAGGACACACAGGAGGAAAUUAACGGGCGGAGACGUUGGAGAGAUCAGCAACGAGACGAGAGCAAGAUCCCAGACCUUACUUUCCCAUUACUCUCCUUUCACUAUUCCAAACUUUUUCACUCUUUUCUAUUUCUCCUUACCUACACGUACCUUUCUCUCUUCCGUUUCCCCUUCUUGCUACUGUUGUUGUGGUGGUUAUGGCGUCCAAACUCAAUCCAAACGUCCUGUAUGUGGCUGAGCCCACGGAGUCGUUGGGUUCAACACAAGCUGACUCCGAAAGAUCAAAUAUCGCAGGGGAGGCGGGAGAGGAGUCCUCAGACAGUGACGGGGAACAAGAAGAGACCUCACAUAAGCUGAUCCGCAAAGUGUCCACCUCUGGACAGAUAAGGGCGAAGGGUUGUAGACAAGAAGAAGAUACUUUUGCAAUCCAGAAGAGUGUGAAGGAGGGAAUCUUGUUGAAGCAAACAAGCUCCUUCCAGCGAUGGAAAAGAAGGUACUUCAAACUCAGGGGAAGGACACUUUACUACGCCAAAGACUGCAAGUCACUGAUCUUUGAUGAGGUGGACCUGUCAGAUGCCAGUGUGGCAGAGACCAGCACCAAAAACAUCAACAAUAGCUUCACGGUGAUCACGCCGUUCCGAAAAUUAAUGUUAUGUGCUGAGAGCAGGAAAGAAAUGGAGGACUGGAUCAGUGCCCUAAAGUCUGUCCAAAAAUGGGAAAUCUAUGAGGCGAGCCAGUUCAACAUGGAGCAUUUUUCUGGGAUGCACAACUGGUACGCCUGCUCACAUGCCCGACCAACCUUCUGCAACGUCUGCAGAGAGGCUCUGCCAGGCGUCACCUCCCACGGCCUGUCCUGUGAAGUGUGCAAGUUUAAAGCUCACAAGCGUUGUGCUGUGCGCUCGACCAACAACUGCAAAUGGACUACUCUGGCCUCCAUUGGAAACGACAUCAUCGAGGAUGAGGAUGGAGUGUCGAUGCCCCACCAGUGGCUGGAAGGGAACCUGCCAGUCAGUGCCAAAUGUGUGGUGUGUGACAAGAAUUGUGGUAGCGUGCGGCGACUGCAGGACUGGCGCUGCCUCUGGUGCAAAGCCAUUGUCCACAGCAGCUGUAAAGAACAAAUGGGGAAGGUUUGUCCUUUGGGUCAAUGUAGAGUGUCAAUCAUCCCUCCCACAGCACUUAACAGCAUUGAUUCUGAUGGAUUCUGGAAAGCCACCUCCGCCUCCUGCUCCAGUCCCCUCCUUGUCCUUGUCAACUCUAAAAGCGGGGACAACCAAGGAGUCAAGUUCCUGCGCAAGUUCAAGCAGCUUCUGAACCCUGCUCAAGUUUUUGAUCUGAUGAAUGGAGGACCUGAGCUCGGUCUUCGCCUUUUCCAAAAGUUUGUCACGUUCCGUAUCCUGGUGUGUGGAGGAGAUGGCAGCGUGGGCUGGGUGCUCUCCGAGCUGGAUAAACUCAACCUACACAAACAGUGCCAGUUGGGAGUUCUGCCUCUGGGCACGGGCAAUGACCUGGCCCGUGUUUUGGGGUGGGGAGGCCUCUGUGACGAUGACGCUCAGCUGCUACAAAUCUUGGAAAAGCUUGAACGGGCCACCACUAAGAUGUUAGACCGAUGGAGCGUGAUGACAUAUGAAGUACCCACGAGCAAACAUGCACAGAUAGUGAAAGAAGACGACAGCCUGGAUUCUCCACUGCAGGUGCACAUCACUCAGUAUGCAGACUCAGUGGCCUCCCACCUUGCAAAGAUCCUGGACUCUGACAAACACAGCGACGUCAUAUCAUCUGCCAAGUUUCUGUGUGGGACGGUGAAUGAUUUUGUGGCGGAGGUGGGGAAAGCCUACGAGAGAGCCACGGAGAACAAGGAGGAGGCUGACGCCAUGGCCAAAAAAUGUGCUUUGUUGAAUGAGAAGCUGGAUUCUCUGGUCAAGGCCUUGAGUGAGGAAGCAGAAGCUCAGGUGGUACCAGCUGGUUCUGUGCCCACUCAGGAGGGUGGCAGCUCGACUCCCACAGAGAGCGGCAGUGAGUCUGGUUCUGAGACUAAAAGCUACAGGUCAAAGGAGCAGCUGAUGCUUCGUGCCAACAGCCUGAAGAAAGCUCUGAGGCAGAUUAUUGAGCAGGCAGAGAAAGUGGUGGACGAGCAGAACCUUCAUACGCAGGUCCAGAGGAUGUCGUCCUUUACAUCCAUCAAAAGGGAGAGCAGCGAGGAGCUGAAGGAUUGUGAGCUGCGUCAUGGCAGCUCGAGUCCACUGUCCCCCAUUGUACUGGAGAAAGCAGAGAGCAUCCACACUGUCACCUUUAAUGAAGACUCAGUACAAUGCUCAGAGAAGUGUGUCAUGAACAACUAUUUCGGCAUUGGACUGGAUGCCAAAAUAUCACUGGAGUUUAACAACAAAAGAGACGAGCACCCGAAGAAAUGCAGCAGUCGCACCAAAAACUUUAUGUGGUAUGGAGUUCUGGGCACCAAAGAGCUGGUGCAGAAGACCUACAAGAAUCUGGAGCAGCGUGUUCAACUGGAGUGUGAUGGGGUCCCCAUGUCACUGCCGAGUCUCCAAGGUCUGGCAGUGCUCAACAUUCCCAGCUAUGCAGGUGGAAUCAAUUUCUGGGGAGGAACUAAAGAAGACAACAACUUUGGGGCUCCGUCUUUUGAUGACAAGAAGCUGGAGGUGGUCGCAGUGUUUGGCAGCAUGCAGAUGGCCAUGUCCCGCGUCAUCAACCUGCAGCACCAUCGCAUUGCACAGUGCCGGCAGGUGAAGAUUACCAUCCUGGGUGAGGAGGGAGUUCCAGUCCAGGUUGACGGAGAAGCCUGGAUCCAGCCGCCGGGCAUCGUCAAGAUUGUGCACAAGAACAGAGCGCAGAUGCUCACCAGAGACAGGGCGUUCGAGAGCACUCUCAAGUCGUGGGAGGACAAGCGGAAGAUUGACAACUACCGCUCCACCAGGCCCCGCCUCAACUCCCAGCAGUCUAUGGAGUACCUGACGGAGGAGGAGUGCGCUCAGGUGCAGCAGCUCGGCAUCGUGGCUGACACACUCAUCAACAGGAUUCGGGAAGUGGCCAAGACUCACAACCUGGUGGAACAAGAACUGGCUCACGCCGUCAACGCCACAGCCCUGGUGCUGUCGGAGGCCAAACUGUCCACUCCAGAGUGUCUGAGUCGCAGCACAGCUGUGGAGAUCGUCAACAGUAGUAAAGUUCUGCAGGCAGAGACCCGCAUGCUCCUGGAUGGGAAACUGUUGUCGGAGUGUCCAGAGGAAGAUGAACUUCACUCGACUCUGAGCAGCCUCAGUGCUGAGCUUCACAAGCUGGACGACAUCCACUGGAUCUGCCCCCUCAUGCAGUGCUCGGAUGAGGACUCGGGUCGAGGCACCGGCAGGAGCAACGUGAAGCUGAAGAUCAUCCCCAAAGUGAAGAAGGAGCGAGAGAAGCUCCACAAGCAGAAGUCCAACAGCUCUCUCUCAGGAUCGCUUGACGUCAGGGGUUCUGCUGCUGAGGCCGACUCAUCGGGCAACUGAAGACAUGCCAUGGUUCUUGAUACCCCAUCACCAUAACAACCAGGGGUGAGGAGCACCCCUUUGUUCUCCUGGCCAUGACAUGGCAGCCUGGUGGAGGAAGAUAAGGAGAACCAUCUUCGCAAAUUUCCUUUCCUCCCCGUUUUUAUUUCUCCUCUCCACAAAAGGAGUUUUCGGUUCAUUCCUCGCAUCGUAAUAGUAGAGGGGCAUCGCCUCUCUGCCACCACUCUGCUUUGGGUUGAGUUGUAGCUGCAGCCGAGACGUCGGCACGGCGGGUGGGAGAGUCGUCUGUGGACGAGUGAGUUUAACAGACCGAUUGUUUACGUUCUUGCAUGCAACCGCCGCCAUCUUACGACGAUAAGUGAUUUUAGUUUUUAUCUUUUAAGAGCCUGUAGACUUCACUUUCAAGAGUAUCUAUUAGUUGUUGCUACUGCCAUGUGAACUCCUCGACGGCAACGCAUCCAAGAAAACGAACAAACACCUGGACCAGGUUGCCUAACCAACUGGAGGAUAUCUUAAAUGUUGCAAAAAAAAAAAGGAAUGUAUUUGUGUAUUAACUUGUGAAUAUUGACGAGAAAUGAUUUUAACCAGGUUCUACUGUUGUGGUUCUAAAGUGGUUCUUAACAUGUCCGUGGUGCGAUCACAGGAUGCUGCAGAGGUCUACUUCCUGCUGGAGUCAUUUCACCUGAAAGUUGGACGCCUGAGGUUAGAGAUUUCCUUAUGCAACUGUGGUCGGAUUUCUGUCCGCCGUGAACAGAACACUGAAGUUAGGCUAGAUUACAAAAAAAAACAAAACAGUAAGGCCCCUCAAAGCUUGGUCUUAUGUCUUAUGUUUGGAAGAAGCUCAACUCCAUGAAUAAUGAGACCAUUGCAUGUGAUCACGUCAGUUGGAGAACCUCAGUAUCUCCUGCUGCCUUCUCAUUGUGAAUGCAGCACAGUACUGAGCAGUUUGCUCUCCAGCGCUCUUAAACAGCGACACCUGGUGUUACAUCUGGGGAUCAGCGAGACGACUUUUCAUUACCAGGUCCAAAAGUGCUGCGUGACUGAGUCAGAAGGGGGCGUCCGUGGCACCCAAAAUCAGUGGGCCAAUCAAAACUGUUCCACCAAUGUCGCCCCAACCAGUCUUUUUAAAUGAGUUUUGUUUUUUUUUAUCUGAACUAUUCCAGAUGAUAUUUUAAAAGCUCAUUUUAUUGCCACUCUCGAUAAGCCACAUCCUGUUUUACCAGAAAAUUACAUCCUGCAAGCUAAAUCUGGAGCUCAGGUUUAUUUUAAAAUGGAGACCUACUCUUUGGGCCAGACCUUCCCAGGUUCUAAUAUUGUAAAGUGAGUCAUUCAUUGUAUAUUGGGAGGAUUUUUCACAAGGCCUUUACGUUUACAUUGGGUGCUUCUGUCGCACAGGUGAACAUUGUUGAGAUACUAGCGCCCCCUGCUCAUGUUAAACUUCCUGUGUGAAUCUUGCUAAGGAAGAACGCUCCAUCUUCAGGUGAAAUGACUCGGUCUCACAGGGACAGCAGCAUCGAGGACCGGUGAAGCGCCAGAGCCGCAUCACUCCGCCGCGAUCAUGAUUGUAUUUGUUCUACCAGAAAAGAACUUUUGCCUUGUCAUUGUUGAUAUUCUAUUGCAACAAUAUAUUUUCUAUAUUUAUUUUUUUGGACCUGUGAAGCUGCCGCGGCUUUGCUGCUUCACAUUUGGACAAACUCCCAGGCCACUGUGCUUUGAACCCGGGCAGUGCAGCUCCCUGCAUGCGUGCUCUCCUCGUGUCGGCCGAGCACCAGUCGCCGCAUCAGACUGAACCUUUGUCUGAAGAAUGUCCGCAUUUGAUCGACAAUUUUUGAGGCGACCGGUCAUGUUCACUAAUGGUCCUUCAGGAGACUCACACAUUUGAGGUACACGGAUAAUGGUCUUUUAUUAGUUUACAGCACUCGUUUUAUCGUUUUAUAUACACUCGUAAGAUAUUUAGGGCUGAAAAUAUGUUCUUAUUACAUCAAAGUUUUACUCUCUUGAGGCGGCUUUUUGUGUUGGUGGCAGGCUGUUUUACUUCUUUCUUCAUCUCAGACCCAUAAUGCACACACUUUCAUUCAAUAUUGGAUUUAUGUUUCGAGCCUGGAACAUGCUUGGCAUAUUUUUGCUUUGAAACAGAGAAAACUCGUUCUUUACUUGUUUGAUGUGUACAGUAAGUAGAGAGGCUCAAGUCUACUGCAGUCGUUCUUUUUGAAGUACAGAGAAAAUGAACCUCAUGAGCCGUGGUGGAGGUGGGUUGUAGGCAGAAAACCCAAGUGGAUAGCUCGCAGUGACGGGCCGGGGAAGUUUGGUGAAACGGCACCCUCAUUGUCAGUCACUAGGUGGCGCUCUCACAACUGUAGGCUCUCAUUGGAACAGCUGUCCAAAGCCAAAGAUUUUAGAGCAGAGCGCGUCCUCUAGUGGCCUCUGAAAAUGAAGACACUGUUUCAUGGAGCCCCCUCGGUUCAUCUGUAAUGACCUGUGUGUGUGUGGAGUUGCUGGUUUAAAUCUCUGAAGGACCAUUUGUGGACCGCCCCGGUCGGGACACGAGGCGACCAAUACGUUUACGGGAUUGUGCAGCGUGGUGUGCCAGCUAUACACCGUAGAGGCUUUAGUGGUGUCGUGCCAUGUCCAGGGUGAGUGUGUGUGUGUGUGUGUCGGAGUGUGUGCUUGUGGUGUGAAAGAAGUUUGUCGUACAUUUCAAGUUUACUGUUGCCUUGCACUUUAAGAAGCAAAUUUAAGGAAAAAAGACUUGUGUGUUUUCUGAUUUAUUUUUUUUUCCAAGAUACUUAUUUAUGACAAACGUGUUGGUUAAAAUAUAUAUAUAUAAGCAGAAUUAAGAUGUAUCCACAAAUGUUUAGUGUCUGUGGCCACGGAUGUCUCAUGUUCAUAGCAUCGCCACGGCAACGCCGAGCUGAGUGAUUCAUAUUCCGUCUCAUGACUCCAACCUAAAGGGAGUCGUCUUCAUCCUGUGUUGAGCCAGAAUGCUUCCUUUUUAUCCGUUUCUUUUCUGGUUGUGCUGCAAGGGAACGCACCAGAGCGUUUAUUGACUUCAAACCUUUUCAUCCACUUUUAUUUUGAAUUGUUCGCAUGUAAAUUAGGAUUCAUCAACCGCAGGCCUCAGCCACGUCUGUGCAACAGUGGAGAACGUGAGUGACGGCCAGAGACUCGAUGUUGCACGACUUUGUACGUGGCAAAGUGUGUCGUGUUGUUGUUGUUGCUGUAACUUGGCGCCGACCAGGUGGAGAUUAAAUGAUUUAUUGACGUG